AUGAAGAUCCUGGUGGCGGUGAAGCGGGUGGUGGACUACGCGGUGAAGGUGCGGGUCCGGCCGGACCGGACGGGCGUCGACACGGCCAGCGUCAAGAUGUCCAUGAACCCCUUCUGCGAGAUCGCCGUGGAGGAGGCGCUGCGGCUGCGCGAGGCCGGCGCCGCCUCCGAGGUCGUCGCCGCCACCGUCGGCCCCGCGCAGGCCGCCGACACGCUCCGCACCGCGCUCGCCAUGGGCGCCGACCGCGCCGUCCACGUCCUCCACGACCCCGGCCCCGCCCGCCCGCUCCUCCCGCUCGCCGUCGCCAAGAUCCUCCGCGCCCUCGCGCUCCAGGAGAACCCCGGCCUCCUCAUCCUCGGCAAGCAGGCAAUUGAUGAUGAUUGCAACCAAACAGGACAAAUGCUAGCUGCAUUGCUCAACUGGCCACAGGGUACCUUCGCAUCAAAGGUGAUAAUUGACAAGGAUAAGCAAAGAGCUACUGUUGAGCGAGAGGUCGAUGGUGGAACGGAGACAAUCUGCUUGGAUCUACCAGCAGUGAUCACCACUGAUCUGAGACUGAACCAGCCCCGGUACGCGACGCUGCCCAACAUAAUGAAGGCAAAGUCGAAGGUGAUCAAGAAAGUCACCCCCGCAGACCUGAACGUCGAUGUCAGGUCAGACAUGGAGGUGCUCCGGGUGGACGAGCCGCCAAAGAGGAAAGCCGGUGUGAUCCUCUCGUCCGUUGACGAGCUCCUUGACAAACUGAAAAACGAAGCCCGCGUCCUGUAA